GUGAACUGCGUGAUGCAGGAGGGCUUUUGUUUCAGCCCUUGGGGGCUCAGGUUAAGGGCUUUGAAAAGGAGCCAGGGCAGCUUGGCGGCUUUUCUCCUCCUGGUCAGAGUGCUUCCACUUUCAGUUGUGAAAGAAAAACCAGGAAGUGAAGUCCCCGAGCACGUUAGAAAGCCCGGCCAUGGCCUGACUCGGGACAGCUCACACAGGGCACAAUUGGGGACCCUGUCAGCCGUGGCCAUCGCUCUGCAUGGAUGCUGUGAAGCCAGCCUAUCCUUGGAGGACCUGGGGGUGAGGGAAGAGGGACAAGGAUUCUGUGCCAGGAGGAGCCCGGAGCCAGGAAACCCCGUUCUCAGGAAGAGCCAACAGAUGCAGCCCCCUCCCAGGGGAGGAGCACGGAAGGGUGCUGGCCAGAAGGACAAUGACUCGCAGUACUACUUCUCAGAUGCCAGGACGCUGUAUGAAGUUUUCCAAAGAGGACUUGCUGUGUCUGACAAUGGGCCUUGCUUGGGAUAUAGAAAACCAAACCAGCCCUACAGGUGGCUGUCCUACAAGCAGGUGUCUGAUCGAGCAGAAUACCUGGGUUCCUGUCUCUUACAUAAAGGAUACGAGGGCUCACCAGACCAAUUUAUUGGCAUCUUUUCUCAGAAUAGGCCAGAGUGGAUCAUCUCUGAGUUGGCUUGUUACACGUACUCCAUGGUAGCCGUCCCCCUGUAUGAUACCUUGGGAGCAGAAGCCAUCAUAUACAUUGUCAACAAGGCUAAUAUCUCCACGGUGAUCUGUGACACUCCUGAAAAGGCAUCUAUCCUGAUAGAGAAUAUGAAGAAGAACCUCAUUCCAGGCCUGAAAUUGAUCAUCGUCAUGGACCCCUUUGAGGAUGACCUAAAGGAAAGAGGGGAGAAAAAUGGAAUUGAGAUAUUAUCCCUGUUUGAUGCUGAGAAUCUAGGCAAAGAGAACUUAAGACAACCUAAGCCUCCUAGACCAGAAGACCUGAGUGUCAUCUGCUUCACCAGUGGGACCACAGGUAACCCUAAAGGAGCCAUGUUGACCCAUCAAAAUAUUGUUGCAAAUAGUUCUGCUUUUCUCAAACACAUGGAGUAUACUUUCAAGCCCACUCCUGAGGAUGUGUCCAUUUCCUACCUCCCCUUGGCUCAUAUGUUUGAGAGGACUGUACAGACUAUUGUGUACUCUUGUGGUGCCAAAGUCGGUUUCUUCCAAGGAGAUAUUCGGUUGCUGCCUGAUGACAUGAAAACUCUGAAGCCCACGGUGUUUCCUGCAGUGCCUCGACUACUCAACAGAAUCUAUGAUAAGGUACACAAUGAAGCCAAGACACCCCUGAAGAAGUUUUUGUUGAACUUGGCUAUUUCCUGUAAAUUCAGUGAAGUCAAAAAGGGUAUCAUCAGGCGUGACAGUGUCUGGGACAAGCUCAUCUUUGGAAAGAUCCAGGCCAACCUUGGUGGGAGGGUUACCUUCAUGGUCACCGGAGCUGCCCCCAUCGCAAGCCCAGUCUUGAUGUUCCUCCGGGCGGCAUUAGGAUGUCAGGUGUUCGAAGCUUACGGUCAAACAGAAUGCACUGCUGGCUGUACAUUUACAUUACCUGGAGACUGGACAUCAGGCCACGUUGGAGUCCCCCUGGCUUGCAAUCGUGUGAAGCUAGAAGAUGUGCCUGACAUGAACUACUUUUCAGUGAACAGUGAAGGAGAGAUCUGCAUCAAGGGCAGCAAUGUGUUCAAAGGAUACCUGAAGGACCCUGAGAAGACCGAGGAGGUUCUGGAUAAGGAUGGCUGGCUUCACACAGGAGACAUUGGUCGCUGGCUCCCGAAUGGAACCCUGAAGAUCAUUGACCGUAAAAAGAACAUCUUCAAGCUGGCCCAAGGAGAAUACAUCGCUCCAGAGAAGAUAGAAAAUAUCUACAUCAGGAGCAGACUGGUGUCGCAAGUUUUUGUACAUGGGGAUAGCUUACGGUCCUCCUUAGUGGGAGUGGUGGUUCCUGACCCAGAAGUACUGCCUUCAUUUGUAGCCAAACUUGGGAUUGAAGGCUCCUUUGAAGAACUGUGCAAAAACCAAGUUAUAAACAAAGCCAUUUUAGAGGACUUGCAGAAAACUGGGAGAGAAGGUGGUCUCAAAUCCUUCGAACAGGUCAAAAGCAUCUUUCUUCAUCCAGACCCAUUUUCCAUUGAAAAUGGGCUCUUGACACCAACAUUGAAAGCAAAGCGGGGAGAGCUUUCCAAGUACUUUCGAGCACAAAUCAACAGCCUGUAUGAGAAUAUCCAGGAGUAGGUUAAGCUUGCUGCUGAGCUGGAAGCUGUGGGGGAAGGAGUUUUCACUUACAUCGAGUGCACUUUUCCAGUAAGUGAAGCUAGCACUGAGGAAAACCUCCUGAACUGGGAACAAAGACCUCCGGGCAAGCCUGAGGCCUUCCCAACAGGCUUAUCUUCUGAGAAUGAACUGACCGAUCUUCUCUCUACUGGACUCCAGUGCCUGCUGUACGGCGCCCUUGGACAACACGUGUUGCUUCCACUUGUAAAGUCUUUAAAAUAAACCACUGCAAACACUUA